UUAAAUGUUGGGUCUAUCCUAUAUCUUGUUUGUGGUAUAUGUACAAUAUUCAAGUCGAUGCGCGAUGGCUGCGUAACAUUGAGAUUGCUCCGCGAUCUUUUGUGGUUCCUCGUUGAUUUCCUUAUUUUUGUUUAUCUUUUAGUUGGCUUAAAAAUGUUAUAGAUUUUUCUAAGUUCCUUUCAAAUUGUAAAGUAUUUGUAUAUUGUGACUUUUAUAUCAAAAAUGAAGAACGCAAAAAUCAAAGCGAGACAAUGUAUAGAGAGAUUUGGAGAUCAAGGAGGCUAUUUUGAUGUUGUUGUAAGACCUAUGUUACAACAAGGACAUGAAGGAGAAUUAUGUGGCUGGUUAAAAGAAAUGAGUUUAAUUAGAACUGUUUCUACUUGUCCACACCCUGAAUGUAAAGGAAGGAGUUUGGCUUGGAAUCAAGCAAGAAUUGUAGAUAAAUAUAGUUGGUCUUGUCCUAAUUGUACAAGAAAGCAAUCUAUUAGAGAGAAUUCAUUUUUUGUUGGAGUUAAAUGUGACCUGAAAAUGUGCCUUCAAUUGAUAUUAGGAUGGUGUCAAAUGAUACCUAGUGAACAUACUGCCAAUUAUUUAGAUAUAAAAAAACACGUAGUUAAGAAAGUAUAUGAGAGAUGUGAUGAAGUUUCUGAAAAUUAUGUAACAAGUCAUCCAGAGGAUUGGGUUCUAGGAGGUCAAAGUGCAAUAUUAAUUGUGGAUGAAUUUCCUAAUGGCUAUAUGACUGAAAAUCCUUCUGAUAUAACUAGUGCUAAGAAACGCAACAAUAACUCUCAUACAAUAGUAUGUAUAGCAGAAGCAAAUACAAUACCAACUAGAAUGUGGUUUCAUAUGAUUGAAGCAUUUCCAGAGCCACUGAAGAUAGAUAAAUCACAAUGUGAUAUUGAUAAAUGCAACAUGGUUAAAGAAGCUUUAAAAGAGAUUGCAAAACACAGUGCUCCUGGUAGUUAUAUUGUAGCAAAUAAUCGAGCUCGUUGUUGCAGUUUUGAAUUGCUACAAGAAUUAAAACAAUAUAAAGUAAUUAGCGUAGAACAACUCCAGAAAUUUGAUCCACCAGGAAAAAAUAAACUUCUUAAUAAUCUAGAAACAAUUUGGCAAACUGGUGUUGAGAUUUGCGAAGAAAUUCAAGAAACUACACAUACUCUAGGACAGCGUAUAAUAUCAAAGCAUUUAUGGAGGCAAAGAUUCGGUACGUCUCCUUCUACAGCAUUUCAAUAUAUGCUUAAUCAUAUCGCAGAAUGUUAUCGCUUUGUUUAAAUUGAUUUAUUUUAAAUAGCGUAUUUUUCUAUACUGAAAAGCAAUAUCAAAUGCUAGUGAAUAACUUCUUUUUUUGACGAUAUGAUUUUGUAAAAUAAUUUUAACACAAAUUAAUGUACCAUAAGUAUAAUAUUAAUUACUAGUUGAAUCGAUAUUCUAUAUUCUCUAAAAUAUACGCGUUAUGUUUUGCAUUAGCAAUGGCCUUGCUAAUAUUAAAAAAAAAUUAUUCAUUACUUAUAAAUGAAAUAUAUAUAUUAUAAAAAAUAUCUCAUGAAAAGAAUAUUAUAAUCUAAUGUUUCAUUGAAACACGCACUUUGUGUCUUCCAAGUAUCAAAAUAUUAAUACUUUUUAAACUUGAAUUUAUAUAAUGAUCGUUAUUAUAGUUAGAAUUAGAAUAUAAUGCAAGAUAAACUUGAAUUUGUUAAUGCACAUUUAAAA